GGAGUUCCCCUUCUUCGUACCCUCUGUGGAGAUCCGGAGCUCGGGUUCGACUUUGUGGCUACUGUCGUGCGGUCCAACUUUGCCGGGGUCAAAGUAGGUUCGACCAGAGGAGGUACUGGUCACACUUCUAACAGCGGGAGCCAGUCGUAGCAGGCAAGUGUCAAAGUUCUUUGGUUUUGAAACUUUUCCAUCACCGGAGACACUUCGGGGGAAGAAAAUGGCAGACAGCGAUGAGCAGCACGUUUCUUCCACCACUCUGUUUAGCGACGAGCUGCACCACUACCAGGCCGAACGGAACCUCGACCUGGACCAGCCGAAAGCGGAGCUCUUCAACGCGGUUGAAGAUGACAUUGUAGACUUGGUCGGCGGGGCAAGGGACGCCUUGGAGCGGCACAAAGCUGAAGAUAGUGCGCCACGGGAGUUCACAGAAACUUCUGAAGAAGAGCCGGAACCGUUACCCGAACCAGAACCGGUGUCAGUGCCAGAACCCAAGCCCAGGGCGGAGAAUGCGAUCCCAGACUCCACCAACUCUUCUCUUGUUCCCGAGAAUCAGUUGAUUGCUGAGGAGGCUGAGGUCGUGGCUCCCAAAGCCGAACCGGAGAGUACCAAGCCCGUCCCGGAGCCACAGGCUGUCCGUGAGCCAGAACCUGCCGCGGAGAGCGACGCCCUCCCAGCGGCUGAACCGCGGAAAGCAGCAGAUCAACCUGCGGUGACGAAGGAACGACCGGCUACGGCAUCUUAUGUACCUUCUCUUUCUACAGCUCAACCUCUUCCUCUGAUGCAAUUCCCUACAGCACUUGGGCAGAAGGGUGACUCCCCUGCUCCCAUCUCUCCUGUCUCCCCUCUUCACUCCCCCGACUCUCUGGAAGAGCUCUCUCUGACUGAGAGUCCCAACCAGCCCCCUGCUCUGGGAUCUGCUGCACCUUUGGGUCCCUUCUCCACCAAAGCCCCUACUGAUCAAUCCAAGGACAUGCUUUGGGAGAGUGAAGAGGGUGACUCUGGACCCGACCAUAGUAAGAAUAAGGAAGACCUGCUAGAUGGGUUAGCUGCUCCUUACCUAAGUUUAGGGAAAGACCCAGGGCCUUAUAACGCAUGUGAGGACAGCGGAGUUUCCUUUUCACCUGAAGAGAAGCUAAUGAGCUCAGAUAGGUCAUCAGACACUGGUCAUUCCCCUGUGAACCCCAAGGUGAUGGUCCAUGAAUCUGACCUUGCACCCUCUAACCCAACAGAGCACUGGGAUUCACCACUGCUAGCAUCUCAAGACAGUGCCAAGGUCUCCAUGGAUAAUCUCUCCAAGGACUCAGCCUCUAUUGGCUCUUCUAGGUAUGAGGCAGACCUGCAUAGCAACCAGUCUGAUGAAGAUGAUGACUUGAUGUAUGAGGUGAAGAAGAAUAAUCCAUUUGAGGGUUACUCCCCACUGGCAGAUAGUGGCUACUCCCAUUUUGGAGACUCAAAAUCUGAUAGCAGGACCUCAAAAAUGUCAGAGAGUCCAACACCAGACCUGGUGCAGUAUGGGCAGACUGGGGAAUCCCAGGAUAGCCUGCUAUCUUUUACAGAUGAGGGGAAAACUCUGGAGAUGGGCAAGAUGACUGCGGAGUCAGUCAUGAAGUCUGUCAAUCAGUUCUCAUCCAGUUUUAAAGAUAAUGAUGCAGAGGAAGAAGAUGAUCCUGCUUUGCCAACAUCGCUUCCAGACAUCCUGAAGUCUUCUCCCCUUAACACUGACAAAAUGGAUUCUGGAUCUUCUGAGGGAAGCCCCGAGGAGCAGAGUCCUAUCCUAGAACGUAGGAUGAUGGAGUCCCCCAACCCUCCAAUCAAUCUCUCAGCCAACAAUCCAUUUGUGUUUGAUGCCAAAGUGUCCCUGCUGAAGGAGAUGGCUGAGGAAAUGGAAGAGAGAGCUGCUGACAAAGCAAAAGUCCAAGAGGAUCAAAUCUUUGGAGCCUUUGACCUUGUCAAAGAGGCGGGAGAAACGACACCAACUAAGGUCAAGGAAGAGGAAACUGUCACAAUUGACCAGAAAUACUGGUUCUCAAGUCAUGAUUCUCCUAAAAUGACCGAAAAUUUUGAGUCACUUGACUUUCAAAAUAACACAGCAGCAGCUGAGGAUUCAGAUUCAGAAUCGCCGACAGCAGACUCUUUGUCUCCAGUCUUAGAAGCUAUGGCCAAAAACCCUGCCAGCUUCCAAGUGGAAAUUGAGAGGAAAGACCUGAAGAUGGAGGUUGAGGAGGCAGAAGUUGCUGAGGAGGUCUCUGAGCAUGAGGUGUCCUCUGAGGAGUUCGAGUUCAUUGAGCGGCCACCCAGAGGUGUCAUUGAUGAGUUUCUAGAGGCUCUAGAUACUUCAAAGUUUGCUUCCUCCAAGGCCCCAGAGAUUUUGAUGGAUGAUGAUCUCAGCUUUGGGCACAAAGAUGUGUCUCCGGUUUCUGCUCUGCCUUUGAAGCCCCCACCCCCAGAGGCUGAAGAGGUACCAAGUCAGAGCUCCUACCUCCUCCUCACCCAGGCCUCCACCCAGAAGGGCAAGGCUGAGCUGGAGAAGCCUGACACUCAGCAGCCCCCACCCCAAGCUCCACCUGCCCAUUCCCCAAUUCGCAAAGCAGAGGAAGCAGCCACUAAGAAGAAUGUGGAGGGCGGCAAUCUGUUUAAGAUGCCAAGCGUGAACAUACAAGCAGUGGUGGACCUUCUAUACUGGCGCGAUGUGAAGGCCACGGGCGUGGUGUUCGGUGCUGGCCUCCUGCUGCUCCUUUCCCUGACGGUGUGCAGCAUCGUAAGUGUCAGCUCGUACAUCGGCCUGGCUCUGCUCUCAGUGACCAUCUGCUUCAGGAUAUACAAAGGCAUCCUGCAGGCCAUCCAGAAGUCAGAUGAGGGGCAUCCAUUCAAGCAGUACCUGGACCACGAUGUGUCACUAUCUGAGGACAUGGUCCACAAGUACAGCGACAUUGUUCUCGCCAAACUCAACAAGAUCACCGUUGAAUUAAGGCGUCUGUUCCUGGUUGAGGACCUGGUGGAUUCUAUCAAGUUUGCUGUGUUGAUGUGGAUCCUGACCUAUGUCGGUGCCUUGUUCAACGGCCUCACUCUUCUCAUCCUGGGCCUGAUUGGAGCUUUCAGCUGCCCGAUUAUCUACGAGAAGCACCAGGCUCAGAUUGACCAUUACCUGGCUUUGGUCAACAACCAGAUCAAAGAUGUCGUCGGAAAGAUCCAGACGAAGGUGCCGGGGAUGAAGCGUAAAACAGAGUGAAGGUCACGACAGGUCGGGUUUGACUCGAGGACGUCCAGAGGGAAGGUUGCGAUGUAAAGAAAGGCUGGAGGAGAGGAGGGGUCUGGCGUGUUCGCAGCCCUUCUAACUUUAUUUGUCAGAAAUACAGAAACACUUUUUUCCCAGUUUCCCUUUUUUGUGUUUUGUGGACACGUUGAAGCUGGUUCAUGAGGCUGUGGUCGGCUCGAUAUUACGUCUUUGUUUUAAAUUGAACUCUGAAACAUUUGUUUCUGUGAGAGGUCAAAACUCAUAGGAACAAAUUCUUCUCCCCUUGACUCCCCCUCUCCACCCAGUGCAUUGUGGGAGGCCACCUGCGCCUCCAUCAUCAGCUUCUUUUUCUUUGUUGUCUUGUUGGUGUUGACAAACGAGGGCAAGCGGCAGGCGGCUCCUGCUGAACUACAAGUAUUUAGUGAUUUUUUUAUUUUGUUCAUGGUGACGUUGGGGUUUAACCAUCAAAACAUUAAUGGCUUCUGAGUAACAGCUAGAACAUCUAGAAAACUAUCAGACAAAUAAACACAUGCUCUCAUCCAAGUGGUUAUUUCCGCGUCAUCGCAGCUGUGUAGAAAUCUCUGGAAGGGAACGUUUACAUCCAUCACAUUAGAUUAAAUAUUGAGAAGUAAAACAUAACCAUCCUGUCUGUGGAGCCGACAUCUUAAUAAAGUUACUACUUGACGUGACUUUUGAAACCUUAAAGCAUUUGUUUGUUAUGCAAGUAAAAUUGUGAAUGAUAAACUUCAUAUUUCAAUUGUGACGAUUAAAGCUUCCAGGCGGGAGCCGUGUUUGUGGAAUGCGUUGUGAGAUGUAAACUAUUAUCAAUAAAGCUUCUAGACGAAGGAA